AUGACAUCCCUCCUAGAAAAAGCCUCGACAUUCUUCUCCUCGCAUAUCUCUCAGUUCCGACUCCUCAUACAAUCGGGUAAUGAUACCCGGGCUGUUAUUGUUUCUGCGUUGUCGGCUACGGUGGUAGCAGUUACGCUACCUCGUAUCUAUCGCGAUUACCGGACUUUUAUUUCCUAUGGGCCCGGGGGUGUGCCGUAUAAUCUUAUUGGGUGGUUUGCGGCUAGUGUGAUUCUUCCGCCGUGGGGAAGGGAGAUGUUUUCGACGGGGGUAUAUGAGGAGAAGAUUGCGGCGGGGGAGACGACGAGUUAUCUUGGUGAUGAAUGGGAUCUUUUGAGGAAAAGGGAUCAUCGACCUCAGAUUGGACCGCAUAUUGUGCCGCAGAGACAGAUUACGGAGUUUCCUUCGGAGGAGAUUAAGGAGAAACUGAAUCAGGAUUUCUACGCCUUCGCCAACCGCAACCAACACCUCGUCGGACUUUCCCCGUCGAAGCUCGAACUUCACGCCGAUGCCCUCUUUCUCGCUGAUGGCCUUGUCCCCACUCCCGCUGCGCAGCAGUUGAAGGGCGAGAUUGCGCAUAUCCAUCGCUUGAAGGAUUUCUCACUGCAUGUGACUUUGGCUCCUGCUGACUGCAAGAAAGUGAUUGAAGCAGGUUGGGGGCAACGGCAUAGAUUAUCUGGGGUUCAGGCUCCGAAGGCACUUUUUGGAGGAAAGGUCAUCUCGCUUCCGUCGGAGUAUGUUUUAAUUUAUGCCCCGCGCACCAAACAAGAGGCUGUGUUUGUGGUGGAGAUCAUUGCUGCUAGUGUGAAGUAUAUGACUGGGUCUGUGGAGGUCAGGUAG